UGGAAUUCAUUCCGAUUCGGCGGGGCUGUGUGUGCGAGUUCAGUUCUCUCGCAUCUCCCGUCGUCGGUGUUUGUGCGGUCCGUCCGGUCCGUGGGGGAUUAGCGCUAUCCCAGCCCAAGAAAGAAAGAAAGAAAGAAAAAAGCAUCGCUUCCCCAACGCUGUUUGUUUUGUAGUGUAAGUAACCCGUCCGUACCUGUCCCGUGUAAAGUGUUCCGUAAUCUCACUACCCAGUUGUGUGAAAUAUGAAUGAAAGCGUCAAUUUCCGAAACAGCCACCAAGCUAACAGCAGCACAGCCCGUUCCGGUGCGUCGUGUUGAAUGUGGGGCACGGCAACCCCGCGAAAGGGGACAGUGAAAGGGGAAGAAAAAUAAUAAUAAUAAUAAUACAACGUAUGCAUGCAGCCGAUCCACCGCAUACCAAGAGAGCCGCGCGCGUUCACUGUCCGCUGGAGUGGUGUGAGUGAAAACGUGUAGUGUGUGGUCCCCCCGUACUCGCCUACUGCGCCCAACCCCAUCCGCCGUCGUUUUGUCCAUUUGUUGGUGGGUGUUUUUUUUGCACGCGGCAUCCAAGCAACAACUCCCCCCCCCCCACCGACGCUCCGUUUGCAUUUUGCUCGCGUGUUCAGUGUGUGCGUGUUUCUGUUGUUUUGUGUAGUGGUCGACGUCGUCGUCAUCGUUCCCGUGGAAUCGGCCUCCCAUUCUCUCCUUCCCCCUGCACGUAAGAAGAAGAAAAGUCAAGGGGAGCCCGUUCAGGUGCGUCACCCUCGCGGUGUGUACGGUUUUGCUUGUAAAGGUGUGGUGUGUAUGGGCGUACGAGUGUAUGUGUGUGUGUGUGUGUGUGUGUGCGGUGUGUGACUAACCCCAAAAUUUAGGCCCCCAAACAACCGCAAACAACAAAAAAAAACGAGAAGAAAGCCCAUGUUAGGGGUGAUCGGAAGUGAGGUGGAUAAAAAAAACAACAAAUGGAGAAAUAGCUUCACUCUCACCGUGCAUGUGUGUGCACUUGUGUGUUAGUGUGUAGUUCUUUUCACCGUUUGUUCUGCGGCGUGGCGUUUGUGUGUUGGUACGGUGGAGAAUGGCCGGGGAAAGCAAUUGAGAAGCCGUAAAAAGAAAAAAGUAAACAUAAACCAUCCGCGCAUCAUCCCCCAGGUGGGCGCGUGCGUGUAUGUGCUGUUGUGUGUAUGUGAGCCUGUUGAACGUCUUCUUUUUGCUGCUGCUGCUGCUGCUGCUGCAUCGGGAAAUACAAAAGCACCGUUUCGUCGCGUCGCAGCACACAGUUCCAGCUCGAGCGAUUAGUUCUUCCACUCCAAAGAAAAACCGGUCAACAACUCCGUCCUGUGAUCGACGUCGGGGGGAACCUGGGACAGCUGUAAUUAGUGCUCGUCCCUCUCGGCUGGCGGUUCCUGUGUCUGGCUGGUGUACCUUUUCACCUUGACAAAUCACGCCGGACACGCAGGAAAGAGCCAUCCGCCAAUAGUCAGCGGGGGGGCUAGAGGCGCGAAGUGCGCAGCCGUUUGCCGGAGGAAGCGAGGCGACGAACAACGCGGGGACAGGAUCAACUCGCAGCGCGCGAGAUGCGACAGCAUUCGCGUGAACAGCUAGCAGCGGCCCGUUACCACCAACACCACCAGCGACAGCAGCAGCAGCAGCGACAUGGCGGGAAUUAAGCCGAACGUUUACGCCGUGAUAGUGACCUCGGUGGGAUUCCUCUGUCUGGUCAUCAGUGCGACAGCCGUCGGCGUGCCGGUAUGGGCGUACUACGAGGGCCGUGGAAUAGAGGAUCGUGGCUAUUUCGGUCCUUGGCAAAAGUGUCAGGUGCUCAGCUAUCGGGAACGGUGCGGUGAUAUUGGACGCUUCAAACCGGACGCCGUCGUGUUCGUGAGCGGACUGCUGGCGGUCGGCGGAUGCGCCCUGUUCGGCAUCUUCUGCAUCCUGAGCAUCAUCCAGAUAGCGAUGAUAUCGUCCCGCGAUCGCGUCUGCAUGAGCUACAAAGCGCUCGUCCUGCUCAAGCUGGUCGCCACCAUACUGGCGGCCGGUCUGUCGAUAGCGGCCGCCAUCCUGUUCGCGCUGCAGACCGAUGACUACGCCCGCGGCUACCAGAUCACCCGGGGGAUCUCCUUCUAUCUGCAGAUUCUCGUCACCGCACUGUCGCUUGCCCUGCUCGCGCUGGCCGCGUACGAUCGCAUCCUGACGAACCGGCCCGAUGGUGAUCCGACGAUGCUGUCGAACGCUACCGCCAAUGGACGAGGAGGAGCAGGAGCUCGCACCGGGUCAACGUACAACAAUCCCGGCUUUCGAGAAACAUCACACAAUCCAAAUGGCAUUGCAGUGACGGAUUCAUCCGGACGGCCGUACUCCUCCGGCAUGAACGGUAGCAUGCAGUCGGUCAACACCACCGUCACGACCGUCUCGAACGGUUCGACGAUCGGGUCCGGGUCGGUGACGAGGACGCCGCUACGAUCGAGCCUUAAGAAGCCCCGCCCGCCCAACUCGACCACGGACGGGUUGGGCAUCCGCAAUCCGGGCUACUCCGGCGGCAAUCAGUCGCCACGGAUGCAGCGCAACGGUAGCGUUAAGAAGGUGCGCAUUCAAACGCACAGCACAGAUGUUUAGUGAAUGGCUAAUUAGUGAGUAAAGAUUGUCAAUCGUCGAACACGAAUAGAGAGAAAGAGAGAGAGAGAGAGCGCGCGGGUGACGACACACACGCACACACGCCCAAUCGCGCUCGGGUCGCUCUGUUCGCGCACUUUUUCAAACAUUCCGUCCAAUUGGAAACCACAAGCGUCCAGCUGUAGUAAGCUUACAGAGAAAAACAAGGUACUGAUUUGUAAAUAAUAGUAUUUAUGCGCAAAACUGUCGCUGUCGCUAUGCCGGCGUGUGCUAUCUUCUAAAACGCGAAACAAUCCAUAUUAGCGAUAAUCGAUAAUCGGCAGCAACAAAUCAAUCAAUCGGUAUCAGCAGCAGCACUAUCAAAUUGAAUUUAAGUGUAAGAGUUUAUAAGAGAGAGAGAGAGUGCAAGAAUCGUUAGUGUGUCGACAGUCAGAGGCACACGUGUAGUGCACUAUUUUCCUAUUGCUUUCCUAUCUUAAAUUGUGUGGCAGAUCGUUCCACUCACAUCAGGACCAAGUAACACAAAGGAUGCCUUACUUAGGUUGUUCUUAUUGGAAUGUGAAAGUAUUUUAGCAAAGCUCGUUAUUUCAUAUUAGAAAUAGGGUAAUCACCGCGUAAUCUCACGUCCCCAUUUUUCUCCACUUCCUGUUCGUGUGAAAGUGUUUGCACCCGCUGUUUCGUAGUAUCAAUGAUAGUGUAAAGUAUUGGAUCCCAUUUACCGUCCAUGAUGUUUGUAAGGAUCGAUACCCGCUAAGCGUGAGAGUACUAGAGAGUACUCUAAUUGUGGUACCGGCGCACCUUUCUCACACGCUUGCGCACACGCGCAGCAGCCUUACGUUGGGCCAUUUGUUUUAAUUCACUAGCUGGUAAGCGUAGUUUUAAACAUUUCUCUUUAAACACACUACCUACACACAUAUCCUGAGCGUAACAAUUAUUGUGGUCUUCCAAGUUUAUAAGCGUUAAUGUAGUAUCAUCGUUAGAAGCAAACAACACACGUUCCAUUACCAACUUGGCAAUGCAUUCCGUCCCGAGGGAGAAGAGUAUUCUCGUUAAAUUAGUUAGCAUAGUUUUUAUUCUCUCUCUCUAUACUGUGUAGUCACGUUGUUAUACACUGUCGUUGUUCUCGAUGUAGAAGGAUUUUGAAUCAGUUUAACAUUUUUAACACCACCGUCCACUAUGUUUUAAUGUUAAUGGUUUAGGUGUGAGAUACCGGUUGCGAUGUCUUAGCCAGGUGUGUACUGUAUUCGCUUGUCUUAAGAGCAAUAAUUGCAGCUAACCACGAUUCGCUGCUAUCGAGAGAUGUGGUGGAUAGUAGAAAGGAUUAAAAAGAUGAUCUAGCAAAAUAUUAAAAUAAAAGACAAUGGCAAACACCGGUCAAGAAACAGGCGAAAAGUCGGUAGCAGCAGCUCAUAGUAAUGGUAUGUGAAAACUUAUCUCACUGCACAAAGUACGAAUCCUGGACAUAAAAUACUUCCUUUUAUAGGUUUUCUCUAGAAUGAACAUCAGAUGUGUAAGUGUAUCUAGCAAUGAAGCACAGCUUUUGUUUUUUUUAAAUCGAAGUUAAUAGAAACACACAAUGUUUAUUUGUAAUUAUCUCUAGCAUGCAAUGUCAGAAAAGGCAAUAACAAACAAGAAAAGGACCACGUGGAAGACAGUAGUGCGUUACUGUGAUUCAUUCAAAAUGAUCAUUCCAUAAUCUGUUUUUUUACUCUUCUAUUCGGUCUAAGUAAGCUUUUCUUUCGUAUUUCCGUUGUGUCGAACCGUUUGUUUUUUAAACCGUACCGUGGUGUGUUAGGGCGUAUGAAAAAGGAAAGUAGUAAAAACUAAUCGAAAAUCUGUAAUAAAAUUGAAAGCAAAAGAUCACAA